AUGGUAUAUGCUAAAUGUUCAGAAGUGGAGAGAUUGCAGUUAUGGGAUAGUUUAUACUUCUUGGCUAGCAACAUGACAUGUCCUUGGUUGAUUGGUGGAGAUUUCAAUGUUAUAUUGAAUGAAGAAGAAAAAAUAGGAGGUUUACCAGGAGUCCUUGCACUUGGUGGAAUGGUAGGGUUGCCAAUGACUAAAUUUUCAAGAGGUUGGAUAGGAUUGUACAUAAUGAAUCAUUCCAGAAUUGGUUUGGACAUCUUGAAGUGGAAUAUUUGUCAAGGACUGGUUCUGAUCAUGCACCAUUACUUGUAUCUUGUGGAGAUCAAGUGGAUAAUUUUAUCAAACCAUUCAGAUUUCUUAAAUUCUGGGUGGAGCAUGAUACUUUUCUUGACUUUAUUAAGAAGCAAUGGGAAGCAGACUUAUCUGCAACUAGUGAUCAGGGAGGAUAUAGUGAAGAUUAAAGAGCAUUUAUUUGAGGAGAACCCAUCUAAAGAAAAUAGAAUGGUCAUGCAAAGGGCUCAAGCUGAACUUAAACUGUAUCUUCACUAUGAGGAAGAAUUCUGGAGGCAAAAAGCUGGGAUGGACUAUGGAAAUUGGCUGGAGGAUGCUGAUAGAGUUGCUGGUGAAGCUGUUAACUUUUUUCACAAGCAAUUUACUCAUGAGGAGGUUAGUAAAGAUUCUCCAAUUCUUAAUCAUAUUCCUGAACUGAUUAGAGAGGAGGAUAAUAUGCUACUUGCUGAACAACCUACAAUAGAGAAAGUACACAAGGCUGUGUUUGAAUUAAAUGGGGAUAGUACUUGUGGCCCUGAUGGAUUUUCUAGGAUCUUUUAUCAGAAGUGUUGGGAGGUGAUCAAGGCUGAUGUAUUUAGUGUUGUUAAAGCUUUCUUUGAUGCUCAGACUCUUCCCAAGUCAAUCACUCAAACUAAUCUAGUUUUGCUGCCAAAGAAGAAUGUUGUUGAGUCUUUCUCUGAUAUGAGACCUAUAAGUCUUAGCAACUUUAUCAAUAAGGUCAUAUCUAGAGUAGUUCAUGAUAGAUUGGACAAGUUACUUUCAAGGGUGAUAUCUCCAAAUCAAUCAGGCUUUGUCAAGGGUAGGAAUAUAAUUGAGAAUGCACAUGGUUUCUUUCACUCUACAAGGGGUGUCAAGCAGGGUGAUCCACUCUCUCUUACUCUUUUCAUCAUAGAUGCAGAAGUUCUUUCAAGAGCUUUAAACUCUUUGUUUGAUCAGCCUGAUGACACAAUCAUCUUUUCUGCUGCUGACAAUUACUCUUUACAGAUGAUCAUGGAUACUCUUCAAGAAUAUGAGAAAAUAUCUGGACAGCUGGUAAACAAGAGAAAAAGUUCUUUUUACAUGUUCAGCAAAGUUUCAAAUGAGUUGAGUCAGCAGGUUGCAGCAGUAACAGGAUUUAUGAGAGGGCAAUUUCCUUUUACAUAUCUUGGAGUACCAAUUACUCAUGCUAGGAAAAGGAAAGUGGAUUAUACUGAGUUAUUGAAGAAAGUCAAAGACAGAUGGGAUAUUAACAAGCUCAUGCAGCUGUUUCCUAAAGAUAUAGUGCAGCAUAUAACAUAG